AGAAUGUCGGAACUGGAGCAGCUGGCGGAAGUAGAUCUGCAGAGAGAGGAUGAGGAUGAGGAAGAGCAGAGGAGCGAUCCUGAUGGUCCGUCUCUUCCCUCCAGCAGCUCCUCGAGUCCUGACCCGUCUCACCCGUCUCACCCGUCUCACCCGUUCUACGAUGUGGCCCGGCACGGGAUCCUGCAGGUCUCAGGGGACGAUAACUACGGCCGGAAGCUGAUCGUCUUCAGCAGCUGCUGUCUCCCUCCGUCCCACCAGCUGAACCACCGCCGCCUCCUGGAGUACCUGAAGUUCACCUUGGACCAGUACGUGGAGAUGGACUACAUCCUGGUUUACUUCCACUUCGGCCUCAGGAGCGCCAACAAGCCGUCUGUGAAGUGGCUGCGAGAGGCCUAUGGCGAGUUCGACAGGAAGUACAAGAAGAACCUGAAGACGCUGUACGUCGUUCAUCCGACAAACUUCAUCCGGAUCGUUUGGAACAUCUUCAAACCUCUGAUCAGUCACAAGUUUGGGCAGAAGCUGAAGUACGUGAACUACCUGACGGAGCUGCGCCACCACCUGAACUACGACCAGCUCUUCAUCCCCACGGACGUCCUCAGACACGACGAGAAGCUGCGAGCGGCUCAGAAGGGCGGAGCCCCUCCCUCUGUGAAGACUCCGCCUCCUCGGCCCCCCCUCCCCACCCAGCAGUUUGGCGUGAGCCUGCAGUACAUCAGAGAGAAGAACCGGGACGCCACCAUCCCACCUGUGAUGGCUCAGACUGUGGCCUACCUGAAGGAGAAAGGGCUGAGGACUGAGGGGAUCUUCAGGCGUUCGGUUCAGGUCCAGAUCAUCACGGACGUCCAGAAACUCUAUAACCAGGGGAAGCCGGUGGACUUCGAUAAGUACCAGGACGUCCACGUUCCUGCCGUGAUCCUGAAGACAUUCCUCAGAGAGCUGCCAGAACCUCUGCUCACCUUCAGGGUCUACAACCAGGUCCAGGAGCUGCUCGGUGUGGAGAGCAGCCUGCGGGCCUCCAGGUGCAAACAGAUCGUAGAAAGUCUCCCUGAACACAACUUCAUCGUGGUGAGGUUCCUGCUGGGGUUCCUGCACGAGGUGUCUCAGGAAAGCAUCGUGAACAGGAUGUGUGCCUCUAACCUGGCGUGCGUCUUUGGGGUGAACCUGGUGUGGCCUCGCCGCGGCUCCCUCUCGCUCUCCGCUCUGACUCCCAUCAACAUCUUCGCUGAGAUCCUCAUCGAACACUUCGCUGCCGUAUUCAGCUCCCGCUGCGCACCUGCUCAGGUAACCCCCUGACCUCUGCAGGUGACCCCACAUCACAAA